AAAAAUGAGAUUAGAACACUGCACUCUCCCGACUCAGAAAUAUCGAAUCUCAAAUUCGACUGUGAGCAAUUUCAGUUGAAAUUCGAUAAUGUGCUGUAUCCAGCGAUAACGUUCUGUAAUUUGAAUCCGUACAAGCGAAGUCUCAUCCGGUUGGUUCCAUCCGUUAAGGACACGAUGGACGUUUAUGAGAAUGCAAAAUGGAUGAGCAAAAAGAACAGGCAAAAUCGACCACGGACUGACUCACUGAGCUAUGGCGCUGUUGAGGAUAAACUCAAAGUGCUUGAACUGUUCAAAGAUGAAAUUCUACAAGCCUAUCAUGAGUCUGGUCAUCAAGAUGAUCACUCAACCAACUCCUCAAUGAAACUGAAUGAGCGAGAUGGAGCAAAAAACAUUCCAACAGAUGAAUUCAAUCAACAAAUUCUUGAUCAGAAUGUGGAAAUGAAUCAAAAUCAGCGAUUCCGUAAGGAACCUGCAAUCUGGCUUAAUCAAGAGACAAGUAGAAAAAAUAGCGAUACUCAACACCAUAGAUCACGACGAGAAGAGAUCAUAAAAGAGCAAUUUGAUCACUAUCAAUCAAAAAAUACCUCACCUCACAGCUGCACAUCUCCUCUCAACUUGUAUUCAGGUGUGAAUAUGAUUCAGAUCCCACGACGUCGCUAUGAAGCAAUCGAGGCGCAUUGUAAAUGCAUUGGCACAAUGGAUAUGGAAUGUAUCCGAUUCGAGUCAGUACCUCUAUCGAAUGAUGCCAAAUGCAUCUGCACAUUCGACCGUGAAAUGAACGUUGCUUGGCCUUGUUUCAAUAUCUCAGUAUGGCAAGAUGAGGAAUGCCCUAUCUGCGCUGAAGACGGUCAUUGUGAGCCAAAAAGUAACGAAAACGUUAUCAGUGUAAACUGGCCAUGCAUGUGUCGUCGACGUCAAUCUGACACUGUGCACAAUUUAUUCAUUAAACCGUACUGCAUCGCGAAACGGAUGAACAUAUUGAAAUUGUGGACGGCACACCCCGAUUGGGAGCAGAACGAAAUGCACUGGCCUUCGAGUACAACGUCCACUACGACUACCACAACCAGCACGCCGUCAACAACACUACUGCCCAGCACAGAAGAUGAUGAAUAUCGUCGUAAAAAGAAUCAAUCUGCACGCGUUUCGGCACCAGAAACCGUUAAAGCCAUGGGUUUUACAGGCAUGACCGAUGGUGUAGCGAUGCUAACGCGAGCCAAAGAGAAUCUGAUCUUCACGAUGUCAGCCCUAUCCAAAAUGCAACGAAUCGCGUUAUCGCAUUCCAAGAGGGAUUUCAUUGAGAUGUGCUCAUUCGACGGCAAACAAUGUGAUAUUGACAAAGACUUUAAACUUCACGUGGAUCCCGAAUUCGGUAAUUGCUACACGUUCAACUGGGGUAUAAACAAUAAUUAUACGAGCAGCAGAGCUGGUCCUAUGUAUGGAAUUCGAAUACUUUUAUUCGUAAAUAUUUCGGAUUAUAUGGCCACAUCUGAAUCCACUGGUGUUCGAAUCGCUGUUCAUUCGCCAACUGAAUUCCCGUUCCCGGACACGUUCGGAUACUCUGCCCCGAUCGGAUUCGCUUCUUCAUUCGGCCUUAGGAAGCAAGUUGUCAAAAAAUUGGGCGCUCCUUAUGGCGAUUGCGAGGUACGGAAGAAAAUGAACUCGUCGUGGUAUAUUUACUCGGAUUAUGACUAUAAUCCUGAGGGUUGCCAUCGAAGUUGUUUUCAAAAUGUUUUACUGGAGAAAUGUGGUUGUGGUGACCCAAGAUUCCCAGUUCCGAAAGGACUCAAGCAUUGCUCAGCAUUUAACGCAUCGGCAAGGGCAUGUCUCGAGAGAUCGAUCCUCGAAGUCGGUGAUUUCCAUCAUCUAACAACCGAUCUGCAAGACUGCGAGUGCAGACAACCAUGUGAACACGAAUCCUUCACUGUCACGUUUUCCACCUCAAAAUGGCCAUCAAAUAUUAACGAUGUUAUUUCUUUAAACAUUGCUACAACCCAAUGA